AUGCAAUACUUGCUAUUACUGCUCAUAAUUAAACUGUUGGCUGUAAAAUACACCGAUGCAACCUGGCCACCUUCAAAAAUAUCAAAUAUACAACUAUUGGGUUUGUUCCAAGAUACAUCCAAUGAAUUUGAAUCAAACACAAUAUCUAUUCAUUCUCAGGCUAUGUUCAAAGCAGCAAUAUUACUCUCACAACAAUUCAAUCUGACGAUUGAAGGUCAACUAAUAGGAUGGCAGAGUGCAAUAACUGAUGGUGAUGUGAUCAAUACUCUUAGUAGUGCAUGUCGUGCAAUCACAAAUUCAAAUAUUUUCGGUAUUAUCGGCCCAGCACUUUCACGAGAAGCUCAUGUCAUUGCUAAUUUUGCCAAAAAAAUUGGUAUUCCAGUAAUAUCCUACGCAGCAACUGACCCGGAUUUAUCUGAUCGUAUUGUUUAUCCAGCAUUUUAUCGUACAGUUCCUUCAGACUAUACCGCUGCUUUAUUGAUGACAAAGCUAUUCAUACGUUUUAAUUGGACUUCCUGUAUCAUCAUCUAUCAAAAUGAUGCAUUUGGAUCUGGUGGUGUAAAAGCGAUCACUGAAGUAUUUUAUAAUGCUGGUUUGAUGAUUACAAAAAUCAUACUAUUCGAUAUCAUGACACAUCAUACUCGAGAUGAUUUAAGAAAUGAAUUGAUUAGUAGUACAACACGACUUAUUAUACUAUGGAGUGAGGCCAUUUAUACAUCUCUCAUUUUACAAUAUGCAAUUGAUCAUGAUGUAGUUGGUCCAAAAUUUACAUGGAUACUGCGACAUAAUGUUCGAUUGAAUUCAUUCAAUAGAAAUUCUUAUGAAAAGUUAAUUGGAAUAUUGACUAUAGAUCCUACUAUUGGAGGUGUUGUCAAUAGACCCAUUAACUCAACCUUAUUAGAUGCAGCAUACAAUAUCUGGAAACAAUACGAGCCUGAAUCAUUUCCUGGACCGAAACAAGUGGAUUAUCAUGCAUUGUAUGCAUUUGACGCAACUUGGUCAUUGAUUCAAUCUUUGAAUCAAUUUUGUUUCUUAAUAACUAAUUGUUCUGUCUCGUAUGUAUCAAUUCUUAACUCUUCAUUCUGUUUCGAUCAUCGUUUUCUUCAUGCAAAUGGGUUAUCCGAGACAAUUAUGAAUAUCAAAUUUUUGGGUGUAUCUGGGCCUAUAGAAUUUAGUGUAAAUCUAACUGAUCGAAUUAAUGGUGAUUAUUACAUAGUACAAAAUAUUCAAUCAUUUGCAAAUCAUAUUGAUUAUGUUCCCGUAUUAGAAUGGGCUGAUUCAAAUGACUGGAAAUUGUCUUCACAGAAAGCUAACAUUGUAUGGCCUGGAAACACAUUUAUACCUCCUACUGGUCACGCAUCUCUAGCUGGUGUCAAAUUACGAAUAGGUAUUAUUGAAUCGCCACCUUUUACAAUGACCAAAACAGUUAUAGAUGAGUUCGGAAAAAGUAGCACAAAAAUAAUUGGUUUCGUUCCUGAUUUAAUAGAUCUGCUACAAAAAAAUAUGGAAUUCAUUCCUCAACUUCUAUUAGCAUCUUCAAAUCAAACUUAUUCCAGAUUGAUCAAUGCAUUAGAAAAUGGUGAUUACGAUAUUUUGAUUGGUGAUAUUACUAUUACAGCUACACGACGAGAAUUAGUCAGCUUUUCAAGUUCAAUAUUUGAUAGUUCAUUACGUAUCAUUAUGCGAAAAAAUACUGCUGACAGUGUAGAUUUUCUCUCGUAUUUAAAACCUUUCUCAUUUGGUCUCUGGAUUUUACUUUUUAUUGCCAGUGUCUAUGCUGCCAUUUUGAUCUGUCUAUUAGAGCGACAUGAAAAUGAAGCAUUGCAAGCAAAAUCAAUUAUUUCUUCAGUUGCUAUGAGUUUGUGGUAUUCUGUCGGUACUAUUAUGGGAUAUGGUGCUGAUUUUCAUGCUAGAACUGCUGCUGGACGAUUAGUAACGCUUGGUCUUUAUUUUUUAAGUCUAGUAUUAGUAGCAACAUACACUGCAAAUUUAACAUCGAAUCUAACCAUAUCAAUGUCAAAAUCUAUAAUUUCAGGUAUUGAUGAUAUAAAAAUUGGUAAAAUACCAUUUCAUCGUAUUGGUAUUCAUGUUGGUACGACAGAAGAAGAAUACUAUUUAAGAGAAAUUUCAGGUGGAAGUCGAAAUUACUAUCCUAUUAAAUCUUAUGAAGAAAUCUAUCACAGUCUACUGAACGGUACUGUUGAUGCGAGUUUCAUAGACACUGGCGCUGGGGAAUAUAUGACAAGCACUAUCUAUUGUAAUUUAGCUUUAGUUGGUGCAGAUUUCGACAAGAGUGCAUUCGGUAUUGUACUUCCUAAACGAUGGAUCUAUGGACAAGAGCUGGAUGUAACGAUAUUAUCAUUACGAGAAUCAGGUGUUUUGCAUGAUUUGAAAAGAAAAUGGUUUCAAACAAAAUUUUGUUCUGAGCCAUCUGCCACAUCGACAAGAGCCGCAAUCGAAACAGUGUGUGGUUUAUUUAUUACAUUUGCAAUUAUUACUGUUCUAUCAUUACUCUUAUUCAUAUGGAGGCAACGCUUUAGUAUACGAGAUUACAUAUUGAAACGAGUUUUUGGAAAUAUUUCGUUGGCUACUCAAGACAUCUCAUCGAUAGAACAUUCGAACAAACUCUCAGAAUGUUCUGAAAAUUCUAAUCAAACUUUUCCCUCUGAGGCAUGUUCUUCAGCAUAA